AUGGAAUCUGAACGCAUUCAUGAUCAUGAUACCCAGGACGCCGAUGCCACCGAUACUCUUACCCAACUCCAUAGCAGUUUCGUUCCUGAACUUUCAUCAAACAUAACAAACUCCGAGGUUUCCACCAAAUCCAGAUUUCUGAACGAACAGGGGGUUGAUAACGAGACGCGGGAUCUCUAUACGAAUCUGUAUGGCCGGUCUGGAGAUGAUGGCGCACUUUUUGCAAACGUCAACAAUGUCCUGCCUUCCGGCAUUCAACCAGGUGACUUAUCCACAGGUCAUGUUGCAAACCAUAGUAACAGUUCAGAUGGUCCAACGAUGAUUCUUAUUCCUAGGGAAAGUGACAACUUAACCAUAUCUUUGCACGCACUUCAAGACACGUCAAGUAGUAGACAAAAAGCCAGAAUCUCUCUCAAUGCAAGGCCAGCUGUUAACCCUAUAAUUAUGGAUGGGGUCAACAGUAUCAUCCCAAAAGAUAGAUGGUCUGAUUGGUCUUCAUGA